UCCCCUCCUCUCCCAAGAUCCCGUUUUUUUUCUUUUUCACCAUUCCUUUCUAUCACCCACCUCGCGCACCCUCUCUCUCCUCAUCCUCCCACUCCAUCUUCUUACCGCCUCCUCCCACGCUCAUAUCUUGCUGCCCUCCUCGCCGUCACCGUCGCUGCCACUGCCGUCGCCGUUGUGGCAAUUCCAGUGGAUGCAACACCCUGAAAGCCAACGAUUCAACAUUUCAGACCGAGAAGGCCCUCCACUCUCUUCUAUGGACGAGGAUGCUUCUUUGCGAGCAACAUGUACUUGUUACACUUGGAAGUUAAUGCAGCUCCUUACAUCAACAAUCACAUUAUUAGACCUCACUAUGAAAAAGAUAUGUUCUUCAAGCAAUUGUUCAUCCUUGUUAUCUGCAAAGAAACAUAAUGCUUCAAAUGGAGGGACAUUAUUAAAGACCAAGAUUGAAGUUGGUGAUGAUACAAGAUCGAAUUUCUUGGUAUCUCUUUGGCCAAAGCAUAUGGGAUCCAUGAUAGGUGCUGGUGAUGUCAUAUUACUACAAAAUGUUAAAAUAGUGAAAUUUAGAAAUGUGUUGGAAGGAACCACCGACCAGAUAUCUUCUCUAAUCGUUCUGAUACAUUCUUACAAGUUCAUUGCCUCUAAAGGAAGCAGUGACUUUUUAGUACAUUGUAAAUUGGGGGAGACAAUGAGAGGAAAAUUAAGGAGGAUAAUACUGUGGGUGCAGCGAACUGAAUCCGCAUUUCAGCAUGUUCAACAAGUGGAUCCUCAUCAAAAAAAUUUGAAGAACUGGAAGGCGCAUGAAGAAAUGAAGUCAAAGCACUGUUUAUCAGUUUCAGAAGUAUUAUGCCUUACCAACUCAUGUCAUGCAAAAUUUUAUGCCUAUAUCUGUGAAAUCCUUUUUCCAUCUAACUGGAGUGAGGUAGAAAACAAACAAUGGUUAGACAGCAAGAGAGCACUUAGGGUUGUAGAUGAUAAAAUUGCAGAAGAUUUAAUUUGUAGAGGUUGCAACCUAUGUGGCUCUUCAACAAUUUCCAGGCCCCUAUUGGACCAAAAAAAAUUUCCACUCUACUGCUUGGAAAGCUCCAACCAUGUUCACAAUGUAUGUCUGAUAUACAGACCAUUCAUGCUGUAUGCAUGGGAUCAAACUGGGAAAAUUCCACUUCUUGUAAAGAACAGAGCUGCUGAGAUUUUAUUUGGGAACAUAACUGCUGAGAAUGUCCAAAGGUGCUACAAUGAGGAGAGAAAAAUUCAUUCUACUCUGUUGAGCAGUUCUCAUCCAAAAAGUUCAAGUACAAUGACAGGCGGGAAGCGAAAAAAGAAUACCAUGAAAAACGGAGGCAAUGGAGAUACAGGAAAUCACAAUUUAUAUCGUAUUUGGUUGAUUUUGAUUAAAGUAAUACUACGACAUGGUAAAAGUAGUCCUUUCCAAUUUGAAAUUGCUGUGAAUAGGGAAAAGGAUCUUGAGAAUGGUAGGUUUGAAUUGCUAUCAUUCACAAUGCCAUGCUACAAACCAGUGGUGCAAUAAGUCUCGCUGACAAAUGACAAACCUUUAGAACCUUGGAAAAGAAUCAACUCCAACAAUGUCGCUGUUUAUAGUGGAAUAACCCGAGCAGCAUUGUCCGAGUCUCCAAUAUUAUUAGUUUUAUUUAUAUAAUCUGUUUCAUAGCCCACAUAGAGUUUUUUUUCAUUUCAUUUCGCUUGACCAUUUAAAGUAUAUGUGCCUUGAGGUCUGUUUUGCUUGACUACACUGUCUCUGAAGACAUCUUGUGAUGAAGUUUCUGGCAUGCGAGAAUGCUGAAGCGAACUUAAGCA